CAAAGCGUGAAGCAAAGCGUAGGAUGGGGGAAUGAACGUGGAGGGAACAUUUCUAUAAAUGUAACUAGCCAAAGAAUUGUGUGAGAAACAUAAUAUUGAGGAAAAUGUCAAAGAGUAGUGGCCCAGAGAUUUCCAUCGAGAACUUGGAAAACAAAACCGCGAAUGUGGAUCCCUCGAUAGUUCCGUCAGUUUUAUAUCUGAACUGAAAGUGACUGAGUGAGAAAAAUUGGAGCCCGCGGUUCAAAAUGGAGUCUAAAGAAGUUUCUUCUGGCCUGAUGGGCAAUUUGGUUCCUUCAGGAAUCGGAAAGAGACACGUGCAAGCCCUUCUGAUGUUCUUCGGAACCACCAUAGGAUAUGCAAUGAGAGUCACCAUAUCCGUUGCAGUGGUAGCCAUGACAGAUUCAUCAACGACUGAUUCAAACGUCCAGACAUACGACUGGGACGAGAGCACUCGAUCCAUUAUUUUGAGUUCCUUUUUUUGGGGCUAUAUUGUUACUCAAGUACCAGGAGGAUACGUAGCGAAAAAUUGGAGCGCGCAGAAGCUUCUUUCUCUUGGAAUAUUAUUCUGCUCUAUUUUCAAUAUGAUCAUCCCAGCUGCUGCUCAGAUUGCUGGAUGGAGUGGAGUCUGCGCCUGCAGAGUGGGAAUGGGAAUUGCUCAGGGCUGUCUUAUGCCCUGUAUGCACACCCUACUUUCAAAAUGGGCCCCGGUCCCUGAAAGGGCUAGACUCUCCACCUUCGCCUACGCGGGAUCUUUAUUCGGCACGGUGGUCAUGAUGGCACUCUGUGGAAUUCUUGCCGCAUCUUCUCUCGGAUGGCCAAGUAUCUUUUACAUCUCAAGCUCGGUCGGUAUAGUUUGGGCGAUCGCAUUUUUCACUUGGGGUUCAGACUCGCCCGCAUUGCACAAAUCUAUUUCCGAGGACGAGAAGAGGUAUAUACAAGCUAGCUUUGGACAAGCGCAAAUUGAUACAGAAGAGGAGAAGAUUCCAAUACCCUGGAAGGAGAUAUUUACCUCAAUUCCCAUGUGGGCAAUCAUAAUAGCACACUGUACUCAGAACUGGGGCUACUGGUUGCUAAUCACAAAAAUACCAGGAUACAUGAAUGCCAUCCUUCAGUUUAACAUCACCGAGAAUGGGAUCGUCUCGGCCCUGCCCUAUUUGAUCAUGUGGAUUCUGAGCUUCCCGGCUAGUUGGCUGUCGGAUUAUGCCUUGAAGAAGGACGUGUCAAAGCAAGUGGCCAGGAAAGUGUCGAACAGCAUUGCUCAUUGGGGACCAGCCCUGGCUCUGGUUGGCCUCUGUUACGUCAGGAGCGACAACGCGAUCCUGGCAGUGAUCACCAUCACCGCAGCGGUUGGACUUAAUGCUGGCUCCAUUUGCGGUUUUCAAAUCAAUCACAUAGACCUUAGUCCAAAUUUUGCUGGAACCAUGAUGUCCAUAACGAACUGCAUAGCUGCCGUUGUCGCAAUUAUAGUGCCACUGGUCUGCGCUUUAAUUGUCACUGAUGAGACUGAUGCAGGACAAUGGAAAAUCGUUUUCUUCCUGACGGCAGCCAUUUACUUCGUAGGAAACCUGAUAUUCGUUCUUUUUAGUAAAGCUGAAAUCCAAUCGUGGAACAAUCCUGAAUUGGCGAAGGUGAAAGAAGAGCGGUGAAUUUUGGCGACUACGUGGCAUGAGUCUUCGUUACAGUGCAUGUAACAGUUACCUAAGAGUAAGCAGGUGAAAUUAAAUGACGCUGGCUGGUCAAGUAGAAAACUUUUGAAAUUUUUAUUCCGUUUAAAAGCGAAGACGAAAAAUAAUCGAGUGGCAGACAACUGUAGUAGUCUUCGCGAUAAAGACGUAACUUCAGUAUGAAACUAAUGUUGUCACUGUAAAUAUAACUUCGGAUAAUAAAACUUUUUGAUAAAACUGU